UCUUCACCGAGAGGAUGUCCAUCGCCGUCAAGUGGCACAUACACCGCCCACAGAAGCUCCUGACAUUGCGCACCGAGUAACAUGGCCCCGCGACAUUCGGGCCUGCAGAAGGACGUCCUGGCGCUCUACAGACGGGCGUUGAGGAUGGUCCACUCAAAACCGUCUGCUGUCCGAGAAAACUUCGACCUGUUCGUGCGCUACACGUUCAGGACGCGGGCUUCCUCCGUAUCACCCCGAGACGUCGCAGCCAUCGAGCACCUGCUCCGACAUGGGCGGCGACAGGUGGAAAUAUAUGAAGACAGCAAGGUUCGAAACUGUUUCGUGAGCAGGGAGAUGAUGGAAUGGGGACAGCAACAUGGAGGACGGACUUCGAGAAUCACGCAUCCUGCUUAACUAUUCCCCAGGGCGCAUGCGCAUGGU